AUGCAUUUUUGUCCAGGUUGCAGACGACCCUAUGAGACCGCAGGAGGUCUCUAUAAUCAUGUGAAAUUUAAAUGUGGAAAAGAACCUCAAUUUUCUUGUGAACAUUGUCAUUUUAGAUUUUACCAUAAACAAAGAUUCUCAUUCGCUAGGGAUAGUGCUUUUUCAAAUUCUGGAUUUAUGACCAAGCAGACCCAGCAAUCUAAAAGGACUUUUCCUCCAGAGCAGGAUAGCAAUGUCGUAUGGACUGAUGAAGGGAUUCAAGAUUUGAAUUACUAUGGUUAUGAAGAAAAUAGUGUGUUUAAAAAACAACAGCAUCAAUGUAAUCAAUGUGGCAAAAUAUAUUGUAGUCGAGGAAAUGUUAGCAGACAUAAAAAGUACCAAUGUGGUGUUGAACCAAAAUUUCUAUGUGGGUUUUGUCCUUAUAGAGCACGUUUAAAAAGUGAUCUUGGAAAACAUUUUGUUGGCGAUGAAGAAGUAAGGAUUGUUAUUCUCUAUUGUGAUAGUUUUAAGAAUCCCGCUGCAAGAAAUUCAGGUUAUCAUCGUCAUGUAGAAGUGGCAGGAUUAUAUCCUUUUCAGUGUUAUCUGCUCCUAAAACCACCUUUAAGAGUUUUAUCAUUUAACCAACUAUCGUCACAGAUGGUUGGCUUCCUGCUCCUAAAACCAUCUCACAGAGUUUUACCAUUCAGCCAACCAUCGUCCCAGGUCAAUCGUGAUGUUCUAUCAACUUUUGUUCAAAAUAAAUCGGAAAACAUGUUUAGGUGUGAAAAAUGUAAAAGGGUUUAUAAACAUAGACACAAUUUAAUCAGGCACUUAAGAUAUGAAUGUGGAGUUGAACCUAGUUUUAAAAAGAAAUGCAGCGUACGAAAGAAAUUAAAAAUUCCUACUACAAAUGAUGACGGAUUUUUCCAAUGCAAGUACUGCUUUCUUUACUUCGAAACAGAAUAUCAUCAAUUUCACAAUGAAAGAUGUGCACUAAAAUUGUUAUUUGAUUCUCCAAAAGUGAAACGAAAUCCUUCUCAAAUUAGCAAAUUGGAAACCUUGAUGUCUGGAGGAAAAUCUAUAUUUCCAUGCCCAAAGUGCAAUCCAGGUGAUUUCACCUAUGAAAAAAUGUUUGAAAGUGAUAAUGAAUUGUUAACAUCGACACCAAUUCACCGCAGAAUAUUGGAUUUUGACGAAGUUUCAAUAAAGCUUUUACCACCAAGAAGAAAUUUAAUAGUUUCAUUUAGUGAAUGGGAUGAUAAUAUUCCACUCGAAGCACUAAAAGAACGAUUGCUGAAAAAAUCAUCGCAGAAUUCGCAAGAGAAUUUGUCACAAAAAUUUAGGAUGUUGUCAUCAAACACCAAUAGUCAAACUGCCGUAGAAAAACGUAGGAAGCUUUCUUCAAACGCAGAUAUUCUGGUUACUCCAGAAAAACUUUUGGAGCCAAAUAAUCAAGAAAAAUUAUCACAAAAUUUUAAGACGCCUUCGACAAAUAAAAAUGGAUUCACGAGUCAAGAUAAUUCUUCGAAGAAGUUGAGGACUUUUUCGAAAACGCCCAACAACAACAAUGUACAAAUUACUCCAUCAUCGAACAAGGCUGCAUCAGAUGGAGUUUCACCAAGUCCAAAUUCCAAGUUUGUUUGCAGAAAAUGCAACUGGGUUGCUUCAGAUUUUAGUCAAUUUGCCAUUCAUCUUCAAAAAACGUGUGGAUGUGAAAUUUUGAUGAGAUGUUUAGCGAGAGUGUGCCAAAACUGCGGCUUGGGUUUUUAUGACGUGGGCAAAUUUCGAAUGCAUAAUUGUAAAAAUUAUAGAGUUUUAUUACCAAAACUUGCUUUACCACCUAGUUUUGCUACCACGGAAGAUUCUGAGACAAAUAGAUGUCCUAGGUGUUCGAAGAAUUACAAACGGAGUUUUUCAUUAGCUCGGCAUUUAAAAUAUGAAUGUGGAAAAAUACCUAGUUUUCAAUGUACCAUGUGUGGUUAUAGAACUUACCAUAAUGCCAAUUUGAAGAGGCAUUUGCAAAGACAUAUUCACAGUUCUUUUCCCCGUUGCAAGGAUGUUCUCAAGGCAAUGAAUUCCACAGAACCCGGAAGACAUGCUUUGGACAAAAAUUAUAUCUUUUCUUCUAAUCGUCGUUUAGUUUGCUAUACCUGUGGCAAAAUGCCUGUUCUUGACUUUGUUAGAAAAUAUAAACUAUCAGCUUCGUAUAUCAGUAUAGGUCGCAAAACAACUGACUACUCACUGUCAUACAGGUGUCCAAAUUGCAAACGGCUAUUUCCUCAUAUCGAUUCUAUUAGAAAUCAUUACUGCCGACCAUCACAGUCUCAAAUUGCUUUCGAAAAUUCGAAAGAUAAAGGCCGAAUUUCACCUCAUGUACUUUUUCCACUUUUGGACGAAAUCGAGAAUUGGAGUGUUCGUUGCAAGGAAAAAAAGUAUAAAUGUCCAAAAUGUCCAAAGCAAUAUUCUCAUGGAAGUGCCCUUAGUCGACAUGUUAAUAAUGAAUGUGGCAUGGAACCAAAAUUCAAAUGUGAUUUAUGUGAAUAUAGAAGUUAUAGGAAUGAAUGUAUGCAGAGGCAUAUGCGUACUCAUUCGAAGGCUAAAUUUGGCUUAGUUCCUGGACAGAAGAAUACUUUGUGA